AUGCUGGCCUCAAAGGCAGAUCCCCAGAGAACCAGCCCCGCAGCCGUCUCCCUUUCCAAGAACUCGAAUCUAUACGUACUUGACACCUUCAAGGCAGGAAUCAAUGGCGGAAUCCGGGCCAUAAAGCGGUCGUCUGCAGUGCCCAGCGUGGAAGAGACGAGUGCUGUCACCAACCGUCGCGGAGGCCGCCAAGGGCACCGAAGGAAUCUGCCGCCCACAAACCCGAAGGCCACCUUCGUCUAG